UGUAAAGACGGUGUCAAAAAGAGGUAAAUAAAUGUCAACUAUAACAAUUUGGAGUUAUUUCAAAGCAAAAUAAUGAUGUGAGAUGAGUCGUAAAACUCCUCAACGAUAUAAUCGCCGGGUUUCUGAAGAUGUAGCUUCCCUAGAUUCGUGGAGUGAAAUAACCGAUGAAUUAACGGAUGUGUCAUCAACAGCUAGAAAUGACAGAAGAGCAUCACGCGUCGACACUCCUGUAGAGAUAAAAGAGAAAAAGAACUCGUCAAACCAGCUACUUUUAAAUCCAGCAAAUUUAUUUUCAACAUCUGUGUCACGUAAUACUACUCCAAGUAAAGCUAAUGGUCAAGAUCAACGUGAGAAAAGCCACCAAGCUGGCCCUCCAGGGGAUCGCCCCCCAGUGCCUGGAAGGAGUGCUACAGGGAAAGUUGUUGGUGUUCAGUUUGACAUCAAUACAAGUGACCCAUUCGAUAUUGACGAUGGAUCAUUUGAUCACAUAAGUAGUGUGUAUUUGUCUUUACCAGAAGACCACUCAGCUUACCUAAAGGAGUCUUAUUCCACUGUUAGUGCCUCAGAAAAUAAUCUAGAUUAUGAAGACCGAAGUGAUUUUCAUAGCUUACCUGAUUUGACUGCAGUCACUUCAAAGACGAGGACAUAUCCUCCACAUUAUGUACAUCCAAAAUCUGUGCAAUUUUCUGAACAUGGUGAAACAUCAGAAAAAGUAAAAAACAAACUUAUGUCCAUGUGGAAUAAUGUGAAAUAUGGAUGGACAUUGAAGACAAAGACAACUUUUAGAUUUGACAGCCCAGUCUGGCUCUUGGGAAAAUUCUAUCAUAUAAAGCCUAGUGAUCUCUUAGAUGAUGAUAAUCAAAGAGGAAAGAGAACAAGAAUGGUUCCAAAUCUUGAGAGGUUCAAACAGGAUUUCUCAAGUCUCCUUUGGUUCACAUAUAGACAAGACUUCCAUCCCAUCCCAGGCACCAAAUUAACUUCAGAUUGUGGUUGGGGAUGUAUGUUAAGAAGUGGCCAAAUGAUGCUUGCCAAAGCCUUUACCAUACACUACUUGGGAAGAGAUUGGAAUGUCUUCAGUGACCAAACAAGGGAACAGGAGACCUACAGAAAACAGAUUAUCCGCUGGUUUGGAGACUAUCUCUGUGAUGAGUCUCCAUUCUCCAUGCAUCGUUUAGUUGAGGUGGGAAAAACACUGGGAAAACAGCCAGGAGAGUGGUUUGGUCCAGCUUCAGUUGCUCACAUACUCAAAGAAACAAUGAUAAGAGGACAAAGAACACAGACAGUGCUCAAUGAUCUCUGUAUUUAUGUAUCUCAGGACUGUACAGUAUAUAAGCAGGAUGUAUAUGAUCUCUGUUGUACACGAUCAAGGACAGCUACUAAGUUCACCAGUUCCACAGAGUCAGAAUCUGAAUCGAAUCCAGACUCGUCAGAUUUGGAAUGGAAGCGAGCAGUUAUAAUCCUUAUUCCUGUCCGGCUCGGAGGCGAACAGCUAAAUCCUGUAUACAUCCCAUGUGUUAAAGGGCUGCUGUCCCAGGACUCUUGUAUUGGGAUUAUUGGUGGGAAACCCAAACACUCGCUCUACUUUGUGGGGUGGCAAGAGAACAAGUUGAUAUAUCUAGACCCACACUACUGCCAGGAUGUGGUUGACACAAGGGAAAGGCAAUUUCCAAUUCAAUCAUAUCACUGCAUGUCCCCGAGGAAAGUAUCUAUAGAGAAGAUAGACCCUAGCUGUACCAUUGGCUUCUACUGCAGAGACCAAAAGGAGUUUGAGAAAUUUGUACAACAGACAGAGGAGAUGGUGGCACCACCUAAGCAGAGACUGUCAUAUCCAAUGUUUGUCUUUAGUGAAGGCCACAGUUAUGAUGUUCAAGUAGACACAGCAGAAAAAGACAGAUUAUUAAGGGUAAAGCAUGUGCACAUGGACCAAAAUGGACGUGUGCGAUCACAAACUCUGGACUCUGAGGAAUUUGUUGUAAUCCAAUCUUUGUUUACGUUGGUGCUUGCACAUUCCUGUUUUCAAUUUCAUAAAAGAACUGAGAUUUGGAAAAUGGUCCGAAUCACAGAAGAUCUUGUGCGUAAACGAGCAGAACAUAACAAUUUAGAAAUUUCAACACUGGAAGAGGUAUCUCUUCAUCAACAAGACAUAGAAAAGAUUGAAAACUUGGACAAAUGGUGUAGAGACCUUAAAAUUUUAUAUUUGCAAAGCAACUUGAUCCCCAAAAUUGAAAAUGUGAGUCGCCUCAAGAAACUGGAAUAUUUAAAUCUAGCUUUAAAUAAUGUUGAAAGAAUUGAAAAUUUAGAAAACUGUGAAAUGCUGAAGAAAUUGGAUCUAACAGUGAAUUUUGUUGGUGAGCUGACCAGUAUAGAGAAUCUCAAAGAUUUAGUGCAUUUCAAAGAAUUAUAUUUAACAGGAAAUCCAUGUACUGAGUAUGAGGGUUACAGAGAAUAUGUAAUAGCCACAUUACCCAGACUUCAGCAUCUUGAUGGUAAAGCAGUAGAAAAGUCAGAGAGAAUUAAAGCAAUGCAGAAUGUUGGAGUAUUAAAAGGAUAUAUUAUAGAACAACAAAACAGACACAAGAAAAAACGAUUAAAGGAGAAAGAAGAGAUCAGGAGACACGAGGAAUCAAAACAGAAACCAAAAAAAGGCACUGACUGGUAUACAGAUAUUGAGGGUGGUGAUCAAAGAACAUCACAGAAUGAAGGGGGUGACACUAAAUCUGGGUCACCUGAUGAAAGUGAGGAGGAGGAUGAGGAAACAUUAGCAGAAAAGGACAAAAAAUUUUGGGAGGAAGAAGUUCCCUUCACACCUGAGUCACGAGUGGCUGUCCAUGAACACAUGAAGAAACUCAAACAAAAAGAGGAGCAAAAAGAUAAAGCCCCACCCAAACAACCAAGACGUCUCUUUGCAGAGGAUGGGAGACCACUCAAUGUGAACGAGGCCAAAAUUGACUUCACCCUUACCGAGGAUGAAAGUGAGAACAACAUUUUACUGGACGUAGCGUGCUUUAAACAUAUGGACACUUCUCUGAUAGAUUGUGAUGUUCAGCCAAAUUAUGUCAGAGUCACCCUUAAAGGAAAGCUGUUCCAACUCUGCCUACCAGAGGAAGUGAAUGCAGACUCCAGUACAGCAAAAAGGUCCCAAAUUACUGGCCAUCUCUUGGUCACUAUGCCAAAGGUAAAGCCAGUUGUAAAACCAAUAAAACCGACUAAAACCGAAGUAAGGGAUGAGAAUAAGGAGAACAAACAAAAGGGGAGCAGGAACACUCAUGAGAAAUUGGAAGUGGACAAAUCAGCUCGUAAGACAGUGGACAUUGCUAACAUAGUGAAGGAAAAAAUGGACAAAGUUGUUCCACCACUCGGUCAUAAAUCUCGACAGAAAGCGGAGGAACGUGCUAAUAGUGAGGGUUUCGUGGAUGACCCAGAUGUUCCACCACUAGAGUGAUCAUAAUCAACCAUGUUAUAUUUAAAAUGAAUGUUCCGUCCAGCUAAUUAAAUUGACAUAAAAAUAUUUUGUACUUGUUUUCCUUUGA